CAACAAACCGGGAACCAAACCGAGCUUAUCUACUCACGAUUCUCACUUUCAAGAAAGCAGAGUAUUCGAGCAAGGACUGCAGCGCCGAUAUCGAUCGUUGCUUGGGAGUCUUUCUGAUCGACGAACAAAAUGACAGACUCUUCCCCUUCCAGCUUACGAUCGCUCAUUUAUGAUCCUUCUGGCCCUUCGUUAAAAGUUUUGGAUCAGCUAAAAGUCCCUGCAGAAAAGGCUUACAUUGAUGUAACGGACAUUCAGACAGCGUGGUCCGUCAUUCGCAAUAUGCAGAUUCGGGGUGCCCCUUUGAUUGCGAUUGUAGCCAGUCUCGGACUCGCUGUUGAUUUGGUCAGCCCUGCAUCCACCAUGGAUCUCGAUUCAAUGAUUUCCAUGCACGGUGAUAGACACGGACCAGUGAUUCUGUCGUAUAUUCAAGGCAAGAUUGAUUAUCUCGAAACGUCCCGACCCACGGCAGUCAACUUGUUCAAUGCUCUGUCCGAACUCCGACAAGCCCUUCUUCACGCCCACGACGAAACUAGCACAACCAAGACAUCGACGGAUUCGCCCCGCGAACGCAUGGUGCAGGCUGUGAUGAAGCACGCCGAAUUCAUGCUGGAACGCGAUAUGAAGGAUUGUCAACGAAUUGGCCAACAUGGAGCGGAUGAGAUUCUCCGUGACGCGGUAAACAAGGUCACGAUCUUGACGAUCUGCAACACGGGGGCCUUGGCGUGCUCGGCGUACGGCACCGCGCUCGGUGUCGUUAGGGCAGUUCGCGAGCGAGGACAACUCAAGUCCAUUAUUGCCUUGGAAACGCGUCCUUACAAUCAAGGAUCCCGCUUAACGGCGUUCGAGAUUGUUGAAGAAGAUAUGCCGGGAGGUAUUCUCAUUUGCGACAGUAUGGCUGCAGCGCUUAUGAAAAAAGGCGGCGUCGAUGCCGUCGUAGUUGGAGCCGAUCGGGUCUGUGCAAAUGGCGAUACGGCCAACAAAAUCGGCACUUACUCGCUGGCGCUAGUCGCGGCCGCCCACGAUGUCCCAGUCUACGUUGCGGCUCCGUUUACCACGCUGGACGUUUCCUUGACGCACGGCGAUCAAAUCGUGAUUGAAGAGCGACCCGGCGACGAACUCAUUUCUACCAGUCAAGCACCGUCCAGUAUUGCUGUUUGGAAUCCAGCGUUUGAUGUGACACCUGCGCGCUAUUUGGCUGGCAUCAUAACAGAAAAGGGUGUCAUUCGACCCACUGUGGAUGGAGUGAUGGACGUGGCGAGUUUUGUGGCCCGCCAUCAGGACGAGGGCGCAUCUAUAGAAGGCGUGCCCGCAGAUAUGAUCAAACUCAAGGUACCGCACGACUACUCUGAGCAGUCAACCAAAACAUUGCCUUCUUUCUUGAUCAAAAAUGCUCCUAAAGUCAUGGAUAUUUUGGGCACAACAUGUGUGGACGAUUUGGAAUGUGUCGAAGUAGGAGACGGAAAUCUGAAUCUAGUUUUCAUCGUGGCAAAUCACAAAAGCGGAAUAAAAAUGAUUGUGAAACAGUCUCUACCAUACGUGCGCUGCGUGGGCCACUCAUGGCCUCUGACGCUUGAACGCUCCUUUUUCGAGUACAAGGCGUUGGUAGCCGAAAAAGAAGCGUGUCCUAACUUUGUUCCUUCGGUUUACUACUUUUCCAAAUCCAACGGAAUCAUCGCCAUGGAAUACUUGGCCCCUCCUUGUAUCAUUUUGCGUAAAGGCCUUAUUCAGGGCAUUCGCUACCCAACUAUGGCAGCCGAUAUGGGUACAUUUUGCGCACAAACCUUUUUCAAAACAAGCGGCUUCCGACUUUCACCGACGCAGUUGCGCCAACAGGUGCAGUUUUGGAGUCGCAACGUCGAAAUGUGUGCAUUGACCGAGCAAGUAGUUUUCACUGAACCAUACAUGCAGGCCGACAACAAUCACUGGACGACCCCGCAGUUGGAUGAAGAUAAGAAGGCGAUUGAGAAUGACAACGUACUCAAAGUGGCGGCGGCAAUGUGGAAGGCCAAGUUUUUGUCCAAAACUCAAUCGUUGAUCCACGCCGAUUUACAUACCGGGUCGGUCAUGUGUGCACCAGAGCCUGGUAAAACCUACGUGAUUGAUCCGGAAUUUGCCUUUUACGGACCAAUGGGUUUCGACACAGGUGCUUUUGUGGCGAAUCUAGUAUUAGCAUAUGUUUCGCAGCCCGGCCACGCUAAUGGCGAUGACUAUGCUACCUGGAUUUUAGAGCAGAUCGCUGUCUUCUGGAACACACUCGUUGCGCAAUUUGUGGCUCUCUGGAAAGACCCGUUGGAGCAUACAGGUUUCCUGUACGGUGCCGAAACCCUCGAAUCUGCAUCCUAUGAGUGUCAAGUAGCCUUCUUUUCCGACCUUUUGACCGAUACGCUCGGUUUUGCAGGAAUGAAGAUGCUGCGGCGUGUUGUCGGCAUCGCUCACGUGGAAGACUUGGAAAGCAUUGAGGACGCGGAAGUCCGAUCCCAGUGUGAACGGCGUGCCAUUGAAAUUGCCAAAAAGUUUAUCAAGUCGGCUGAAUCAUUUAGAUCGAUCGAGGAAGCCAUAGAGUGUGCGCGUAGUCAGCAGUAAAACGUAGCACGUAGGAUUGCCACC